AUGACGAAGCAGCGAUUCUCAUCCCUUCAGUCCUCGGUCUCGCGACUGCAACUUUCCGAGUCUGAUCCCAGCGCCAAAGCUUCCCCACAACAGCAACCACAGCAACGAUGCGCGAGCGCCGCCUUCGCACCAGAGGCCUAUACGCAGCCGUUUAUUGACUUCAUCAGCAAGAACCCUACUAUAUUCCACGCUGUUGAUUAUUUCAGCAAGGAACUCGAAGCCCACGGCUACACGAGACUCUCGGAACGCAACACGUGGACCUCCCAGUUGAAGCGCGGUGGAAAGUACUAUCUCACCCGCAAUGGCAGCUCUUUGGUCGCAUUCGCUGUUGGCACUGAGUACAAAAGCGGAAAUGGCAUUGGUCUUAUCGCGGGACAUAUCGAUGCGCUGACCACCAGGUUGAAGCCCGUGUCGACGUUGCCGAACAAGGUUGGGUACAGACAGCUGGCGAUUGCUCCAUACGCAGGUGCCUUGAAUAAGACCUGGUGGGAUCGGGACUUGGCUAUUGGUGGCCGGGUUCUCGUUAAGGAUGCAAAUGGCGUUGUGAAGACUAAAUUGGUAAAGCUGGACUGGCCCAUUGCUCGUAUCCCGUCUCUGGCCCCUCAUUUCGGCGCAGCGUCAACGGCUGCAAAUCUAGAGACCAACAUGGUUCCCAUUAUUGGUGUAGAUAACUCUGAUCUUUUCUCUGCAAAUUCGUCUUCCAUUGAUGAGGUUGCGAACUCUAUCAAGCCCGGCACUUUCGCAGCCACUCAGCCUCCGAAGUUGGUACAGGUCAUUUCCAAAGAGCUUGGUGUCACCGACUAUAGCAACAUCGUCAACUGGGAAUUGGAGCUUUAUGAUAGUCAACCUGCCCAGGUUGGUGGUCUCGAGAAAGACUUGAUCUUUGCUGGUCGCAUUGAUGACAAACUCUGCUGCUUCGCAGCCCACGAAGCUCUGAUCGCUUCUCCCGAUGCGGCAUCACCGGGCCUCGUCAAGCUCGUCGGCAUGUUCGAUGACGAGGAAGUCGGGUCUCUCCUUCGCCAGGGUGCACGGUCGACUUACCUGAGCAGCGUGAUUGAGCGUAUUGCCGAGGCAUUUGCCGACGGUAACUACGGACCAAACGUCUACAACCAGACCGUUGCGAACAGUUUCUUGAUCUCGUCCGACGUCAUUCAUGCUGUGAACCCUAACUUUCUCAAUGCAUAUCUGGAGAACCACAUGCCGCGCCUCAAUGUCGGUGUGACCGUAUCAGCAGAUCCCAAUGGACACAUGGCCACCGAUGCCGUCAGCACUGCUAUCUUGCAAGCAAUUGCUGAUCGAAGUGACAGCAAGCUGCAAGUAUUCCAGAUUAGGAAUGACUCCCGAUCUGGCGGUACCAUUGGUCCUAUGAGUAGCGCUCAAAUUGGAGUGAGAACCAUUGAUGCUGGUAUCCCGCAGUUAAGCAUGCAUAGUAUCCGGGCGACAACGGGAAGCUUGGAUCCCGGUUUGGGCGUUAAGUUAUUCAAAGGCUUUUUCGACCAUUUUGAGGAGGUAGACAAGAACUUCCAGGAAUUUUGA